UCCAUUGGGUUACACACGAAUGAACCUUGCUUUUUAAAAAUUUAUAGCAAAAAGUCUGAUGAAAAUAUUUUCAAUAUAAAAGAUUUGGAUGAUGAAAGUAUUCAACUUUUAUACUCCAGAAUACCUGGUGCUCAAGAUUUACAAAAUAAAAGUAUUUGCGGUUAUCACAGUGAAAAAUUCAUAAAAUACUAUUCAGUGAAUCAAAAAAAAAUGUUGCAAUCCUUGGGAUAAACAUCGUGAUAAGAAUAUCACUUCUGGAUUGAAAGAAAUGAAGUUAGAUUUAAUUUUGAGAGCUAAAGAGUGUAAGAUCAAUUUAAUAGCAGGUCAUAAAAUAUGUACAAAUUGUUUAUCAACAUUAAAUCAGUCAAUUAGUGAUUAUCAAACAGAAUACUUGAAUUGUGUAGAUCCUUAUGAAAAACAUAGAUUUAAAAUGAACAGUGGUCUUGUCAUUUUAAAUUUGGAAUUCAUUUCAUUUUUGGAAACAGUUCACAACAAAAAAUAUACGACUGACCACAAAAUAUGUAAUGCAUGUGAAAAUCAAAUUCAAUCUGAAUUUAUAGAAUAUGCGAAAGAAAAAUUAUCAUCCCAACCACCAAUCAUUAACUCUUGUACAGAAUUCUCAAACAAUAGCAGUGAAUCUCCAAAUACUGAGAGUACAGCAGGAUCAAGUUACGAUACUGCUAGUCAAAAGAAGAGAAACUUUGAUGCGAUAUUGGAUGUAUGUGGUAUUCCACCUUUUAAAAGAUUAAAGUUGAAUAAUGAUCGAAUAGCGACAAAUGGAAUUAAUAUAGUAGAAGAUGUUGCAUGUAAAGUUUCUGAAAGCUUUGAAGAAGCUUAUGGUGUUCAAAUACCUCGGUUUGAAAAUUUGCAACAAAUGCAAAAUGAAAGUUCUUGGUUCAAUGACAUGAUUACUGGUAUUAAAUUGAAAUAUAAUGAAAGCAAAAAUGUUGGAGAAAAAAUAAGUUUAUUAACUUUGCUGCCAGAUAAUUGGAGCUUCACAACAGUAUCCAAAUAUUUCAAUUGCACAUACUACAUAUACGCUUAAGCUAAGAAAGUAAAGAAUUCAUUUGGCAUUCUUGGUCGCAAGGUACAAAAAUCAUAUCUUCGAGUUCCCCUUGAGGUGAAACAAGAUAUUGAAUCUUAUUAUUUAGACGAUAAAAAUAGUAUAAUGUGCAGUGGCAUGAAGGAAUAUGUAACCAUAAAAAA